AUGGCUAGACGUCGAUCUGCCCGCCUGGCCAGUGCUACAAGGCCACGCGCGUUGCAGGCCGAACCCAUCGCACCGCCUUCCGCACCCCUCGAAUCAGUCGUCGAACGCGAGGAGAGUCCUGUCGACGAGCCCACCCAGAGUCUCAACGCCAUCAUGUCCUCCCCGGCCAUCAACCCCCGAACUCCUUCCACGAAGUCCCUCAUGAAGCCGCCAAUGUCCGAGAUGCACCCCAGCAAAGUUCACCCCACCAUGGCAGCACCGUCAUCUGCCCUACGGCUGGGCUUCACUGACAUCAAGCCCAAAGCCUCCAAUAAGAUUGGUGUUGGCGCUCUGCAGUCCACGCCCUCCAAGACUAACGCCCCCUCCUCGCCAUUCACUUUGCAACACGCCAUCCCGAGCGCAACUGACGCCGCUCUUGGCCCAGAGGCCAAGCGUAUGAUGAACGACAUCCGCGAAGAGGCCGCGAAGAUCAAGGCCGAGCUCGCAGCUAAGCGUGAGCAGGAACGCGUGGAGGAAGAACAGGUCAACGCGCGCAAGAUCGCCCGGCCCAAGGGCAAGGCUGGCCGCUACUCUGCCGUCCAUAUGGCUGACUUCAAGAAGAUGGAUUCUAUCGAGAACCAUCCCUCUGCUUUUCGAGCCAGCAAAUCCACCCCUGGCGCAGCACCCAAGAAGGGCAUUAAGCGCUCCCAGUCGAAAGCAAACAUCGACGAUAGCGAAACCCCAGGUGUCAACACUCCCGCCAAGCUCCCGACAUCCAAGUCGUCCAAGAAGGUUCACACACCUACUUGUGAUCCAGAAUCUCCAGCAAAGCGUACCAAGCAGGGUGCUCACGAUGAUGCCUCUACGAACCGGCCGAUCUCGUGGGAUAACAGCAACAUCCCUCGUCCAAGGACUCCUGGCAAAGGCCCUCGUGGCAUUUUGCUUUCCAAGUCUGCUGUCGCGAACAUCAUGUCGCCCACCCAAGCAUCCCUUGCACGGGCAGCUUCGAUUAAGACUCCAACAACAUCUCGGUCGUUGCUCAGGUCCCCGUCAAAGAUUACUUUGACAGGUUUAAAGAAGUCUGCAACCGUCGGAGAUUUGGGCUCGACGAGUGAGGCAAAGGAGGAAGCACCAGCCAAGCUGCGAAGCCCGAGUCGAUUUGAUAAGGUCAAAUCCAUGUUUGCCAAGCACAAGAGCAUUGGCUCCGCACGCGGACCUGGUAUUCCCAAGCCUACUGCGGGAAUGUCCAAGACACCCGCUCCUGUGCGCGCCCAAACUGAACUCCCUCCCGCUCCUCAGACUACUCCGGGCAAGAACAGCUUCAGGUCUGGUCACUUCACCCCUGCACCCAAGCAUGCUGCUUUGGCGCAGAACUCUCCGUCUCCUGUCAAGUCGGGUAUUCCUCGCUCGAAGACGGCCAACAAUCUGGUCAACUACCCGUCUCUCGAUUCUGUGAUGAGCAACGCCACGGCUGACCAUGUUUCGUACCCCGAUCUGUCGGGCUUCCGACCACUGCCCGAGCCCCCGACCGAGACCAAGUCCAUCUCCUCGAUGGACGAUGAAAUGUCCGAGGAUUCAGAUCGAGCUCCACCGUCGGUUCCCGGCACCUUCACCUUCCGCAGUGACCACACUAUCCGAUUUGGCAGUUCCUCCCCUAAGGGUUUCGGUGCCAACUCCGGACAAUCCAGUGUGCGCCAGGUCCGUCCUUCUAUCAUGCCAGCCAUACCCGGUGCAUUUCCAUCCACCGACGUGCCCAUCACGGCUGCCCCGAAGGGCAAGGAGAAUAUGCCGCCCUACCACCACCAGAGUCCCUUCGACGUCAAGGCUUUCCCACACGGCGUGGGUGCUAGGAAACGCCUCCGUGUCGAGGACGAUGAGGAGGAGGCGGACAGGGAGGCUGCUGAACGCGCGGCGAAGAAGAUGAAGGCUGCUCGUGUUCCAGAGGGCGAGGCUCUUGUCGCACCCAGACUUGCGUCGGCGCAGAAGCCACGUGUCAGAAGCCCAAGCAAGAAUCUGAUGAAGACGCCUGCUAGGUCUACAAUCAAGCCGAGAGCCCCAGCCACUACACCCGGUGGUCGCAAGGUCGCUGGAAUCAGCAUGAGCCGGCUCGCCUACCUAGCGACUCCAAAGCAGCGCAAGUAA